AUGGCUGCCAUUGCUGAAGCGUUCGCAGUACGCGAGAUUCGUCCUCGAAUAUUCCGAGCUCGAAUCGACACCUUAAGCUAUCUGAGCGAAAAGCAAAUCGUUGAGAGGUAUCGUCUGUCGACGGAGGGUAUUAUUUACCUCGAGGAGUUAAUUCGUGCCGAUUGCGAGCCUAUGAGUGACAGGAGUCACACACUGAACGUCAGAACAAAGGUCGGUGUACGUUGUUUAACAUGCACGAAAUGCAUUGAUUCAUCUGCUUCUUAUGCUCCUAGUAACACUACGUUACCUUGCAAAAGGAGAUUUUUUAGCGAGGUUGGAGAUCUCCAUGGAGUCAGCAGGAGCUCUGUGUGCCGGUGUAUUCAACAGGUUAUAAGUGCCAUUAACCGAAACCUGAACAACAUCACCUUCCCAACAUCUUUGCAUGACCUUGCUGCAACAAAACAGAAGUUCCAUCGUGUAGCAGGAAUCCCGAAUGUUAUUGGCGCUGUAGAUGGAACACUGAUCCCAAUUCAAGCUCCAUCUGAAAAUACUCAGACGUAUGUGUGCCGAAAAGGAUACCAUGCUGUAAACAUUCAAGCUGUUGUGGAUAGCAGCUUAAGGUUUACCAAUGUCAAUGCAAAGUGGCCUGGUUCAACACACGAUGCAACAGCAUUUGAUAACUCUUCACUGAAGGACCACCUUGCUACCAACAAGCCAGGAUGGCUAUUGGGAGAUUCUGGUUAUCCAUUGAGAGAAUACCUGAUAACACCCAAGAACAACCCACAAACAGCACAAGAAUUGCAAUUCAAUGGGGCUCACAGCCGAACUCGAAUUUGUGUUGAAAGAGCAUUUGGACUUUUGAAGGCUAGAUUUAGGUGUCUGCAUAGAAGUGGUGGUGUCCUUCCAUUCCGUCCUGGCAAGUGUAUGGAGGUGGUUGUGGUGUGUGCCAAACUCCACAAUUUGUGCCUUGACCUCAAGAUACCUUUUGACAAUGAAGAAGAAGUGGACAUUGAUGAUGAUCCACAGAAUCUGUAUCCUGAGGGCAACAAUCAGCAAUGCAGGCAGAGACUAAUUGCAAUGUUUUAAAGGAUAUG